GUGUUUAUUUUAUAGUCAUAAAUCAAUUAUUUGAAAAUUUUUCAUAUUAUGGAUUACGUGCAAUACUUACAAUUUAUAUUACGGAAAAAUUAUUUAUGGAUGAUAAUACAGCAACAAUCGUAUAUCAUGCAUUCACAAUGUGCGUAUAUUUUUCACCAAUUUUCACAGGAAUUAUUGCCGACAGUUGGUUUGGAAAAUUUAAAAUAAUUAUUUAUUUAAUAUUUAUUAAUUUAUUUGGAAAUCUGGCAGUAUUUGGCUCAUCGUUUCCAGUAUUUAAUCUUAAUGAUAGUAAAAUAAUAACAUUAUUUGGAUUACUUAUGAUAUCAAUUGGUUUUGGUGGUACAAAACCAUGUAUUGCCGCAUUCGGUGGUGAUCAAUUUCAAUUACCCGAACAAGAACAACACCUAACACAAUAUUUUUCAUUAUAUUAUUUUACAAUGAAUUGUGGUAGUUUAAUUGCAAAAUUAGUUGCACCAAAUUGUCGUGAGGAUAUACAUUGUUUUGGUGAAGAUAAUUGUUAUCCGGCUGUUUUUGGUGGUUUUACUGCUUUCGUUAUAUUUUCAUUUGCAUUUUUUGUACUUGGAUAUGCAUACUAUAUUAUUAAAAAACCAACGGAAAAUUUAUUUGUAGAAGUUACAUCUUGUAUAAAACAUGCAUGUGUACGUAAGCGUCAAUCGAAAAAAAAAGAACAACGUGAUCAUUGGCUAGAUUAUGCUGACGAUCAAUAUGAUAUUAAAUUUAUUGAAAAUGUAAAAAUUGUUUUACGAAUAUUAGUUUUGUAUAUACCGUUAACGGUCUUUGCUGCCUUAUUCGAUCAACAAGGAUCUCGAUGGACUUUACAAGCGACACAUAUGAAUGGUGAAAUAUUUAAUGGAUAUUUUACAAUAAAACCAGAUCAAAUGCAAGUUGCCAAUCCAAUAAUGGUGUUUAUGUUAAUACCAAUUUAUGAUAAAAUCAUUUAUCCAUUAUGUGCGAAAAUUAAUGUAUUGACUGAUCCAUUAAAACGAAUAUUUUUUGGUGGAUUAUUAGCGUCCAUAGCAUUUGUUGUAUCGGGAUUACUUCAAUUAGCAAUUGAGAGAAAUUUCUUAAUGGAAGGUAAUGUUGAAGUUAAAAGUGUAAAUAUGUUAUGGCAAUUACCACAAUAUUUAUUAAUGUCGACAGCGGAAGUUAUGUUUAGCGUAACAGGUUUACAAUUUUCAUAUUCACAAGCGCCAAGUAGUAUGAAAUCUGUAUUACAAGCAUGUUGGCUAUUACGAAUUGGCUUUGGUAAUUUAUUAGUAAUUAUAAUUACUGGAAUCAACAUAAUGGAUUCGCAGGCUAAUGAAUUUUUCUUUUUUGCGAUUUUAUUAACAACGACAAUGUUUAUAUUUUUAUAUCUUGCUCAUAAUUACAAAAAGGAUCAAACUACUAAAUGCUCUACAAAUGAUGAAAUAACAGAAAAGAGAAAUUGUGAUAUUAAAGUUUAA